CUGUGCAGAUCAGAAAUGCUAAGGGAAAGAAGAACCCAUCAAAUGCCCCUCAGGAGCUAUUUUUCAGGAGGAUCUCUUGGGAAGAUCCAAGUCAGGACCCCUCAGGAGAGAAACAAAGAAUGAAGCUUUCUGGUUUUUAUGAGGGAGAUCAAACAGCGGUUGAACCUCCAAAUCAAGAGGGUCUUGUGUCCUUUGAGGAGGUGGCUGUGUAUUUCUCUGAGGAGGAAUGGUCUCAGCUGGAUCCUGACCAGAAAGCGCUGCAUUCGGAAGUCAUGCUUGAAAACCACAGGAACGUGGUCUCUCUGGGUAAUAAUGGGCAGGAAAAUCAAGAUUCCUGUGAACUGUUCCAAGUGAUCAGUGCUAAAGAUGCAACAGAGAAGUUUGAAAUUCAAAUGGAAUUCGAAAGCCAUGAGAGAAAUCAGUCAAAGAAUUGCAACCAGGAAAGCUCAUUUUCCACUGCUGCUCCAAUGCAAGACUUUCUUGCCCAAGAAGACAAAAUAAGGAAAAAAAAUACUGGGGAAAGUGUGAAGCUAAUCAAAGCUGAAGUACAAGUAUAUGAACACUAUUUAAUGCAAAACCAAGAAGAAGAUGCUAUAAGAAGACACCACGGACAAAAUUACAAUGGGACAUUCAUUCUUUCUCUUGGGAAUAACUUCCUUACAUCUCAAAAAGUGAUUGAAACAAAAGAGAAGCCUUAUAAAUGUUUGGAAUGUGCAAAAUGUUUUAGGACAAGUGGGCACCUUACUAUCCAUAAAAGGAUCCACACAGGGGAGAAACCAUUUCAAUGCAUGGAGUGUGGGAAGACCUUUGCUCAAAGAGGUCAUCUUAUUUCCCAUAAUAUGAUCCACACAGGGGAGAAACCAUUUAAAUGCAUGGAGUGUGGGAAGACCUUUGCUCAUAGUAGUGGCCUUAGAAAUCAUAAAAAAGUCCACACAGGAGAGAAACCAUUUAAAUGCAUGGAGUGUGGAAAGAUGUUUACUCGUGGCAGUGGACUUAAAAGCCACAAAAAGAUCCACACAGGGGAGAAACCAUAUAAAUGCAUGGAGUGUGGAAAGACCUUUACUCGGAGCAGUACACUUAGUUCUCAUAAGAUGAUCCACACAGGGGAGAAGCCAUAUAAAUGCAUGGAGUGUGGAAAGUCCUUUGCUCAAAGAGGUCAUUUUAUUUCCCAUAAGAUGAUCCAUACAGGGGAGAAGCCAUUUAAGUGCAUGGAGUGUGGAAAGACAUUUACUCAUGGCAGUGGACUUACUGUCCAUAAAAGGAUCCACACAGGGGAGAAACCAUAUGAAUGCAUAGAGUGUGGAAAGACCUUUGCACGAAGAGGUCAUCUUAUUUCCCAUAAGAUGAUCCACACAGGGGAUAAGCCGUAUAAAUGCAUGGAGUGUGGAAAGUCCUUUGCUCAAAGAGGUCAUCUUAUUUCCCAUAAGAUUAUCCAUACAGGCGAGAAGCCAUAUAAAUGCAUGGAAUGUGGAAAGACCUUUGCUGAAAAACGUAAUCUUAUUUCCCAUAAAAUGAUCCACACAGGGGAGAAACCAUAUAAAUGCAUGGAGUGUGGAAAGACUUUUACUCGAAGAACUCAUCUUAUUUCUCAUAAAAUGAUCCACACAGGGGAGAAGCCGUAUAAAUGCAUGGAGUGUGGCAGUGGAGUUAGAAGCCACAAAGAGCUCCACACAGGAGAGAAGCCAUAUAAAUGCAUGGAAUGUGGAAAUACCUUUGCUCAUAGAUGAAAUCUUAUUUCCUAUUAGAAAUUGGGUGACAAAAAAUUAUUAUGUAAGAAUUAAAUACAUAGAGUGUUGACAAUUAGAAAUAUGUUGAUAUAAUUAAUAGAACUAUAAAUAAGCUAAAUUCAGUUAAAAUUAUUUUGUUACACUAUCAUCAUUGUAACUAGUAUAUCUGUUGAUAUUUCUGUUUGUUUUUUCUUGUACUUUUUUGUGUAUGAUAUGCCCUGAAAAUAUACUGUAUUCCAAAUGUUUAUGAAUAAAAAUAAAAUAUAUACUCAA